GAAUGGGGAAAUAGUCAGGAAGGGAAAAAAGCAAAAAAGAGAAAGAAGAGACUAGAAGAGAUAAGAAAAGGAGGGACGCAGAUAGAAACAAGAGAGGAGCAAGAAAGGAUGACAGCAGACCAAAUUAUAGAAGAAAGAAGAAAGAGAGAAACAGAAGAGAGGGGGGAAAGGAUAAGAGAAUCCAAGUACAACAUACGCUACAGAAACAUAGCCAAAGAGAAAUUACCAAAAUACUUAGAAGGGAGGAUGAAGUGGAAGAACAGAAGAAUACUAGCAAGAUUCAGAUGCGGAAACGAGACUGGAAAGAAGAGGGGGGAAAAAUGCAGACUAUGCAGAAGGAAAGAAGAAGACCUAAGACACGUAAUAGAAGAAUGUGAAAUAACGGGAGGACCAAAAGACAUAGGAAAAACGCUGAACGAGACUGGAGAAGGUUUAGCAGAACUGAAAGCAAUAAUAGAGAAGAGAAGGGCAAACGACAAGGAGGAGGCAUAACAAGGAGGUUAA